AUGAUGGAGGAUCUUGAUGAUCUAAGAAUGGAAGGAGUAACAAGUGUGAUGUCUUCUGGGAGCAAAUUCAAUCAAACUCGAAGUGCUCAUAUGGCUGAGCCUCAAGCAAAGGUCACAUUGAAUAUCUGCGCAAGAUGUGCCAGAUUGCAAGGAGAUAAUUUGGCAGAAAGACCAGAAGAUGUCUCCAUGGUAUCUCAAACAUCUGAGACAGCAGUAUCAGACUCUGAUGCUCAAGUACCAGGGGUUGAAACGCUUACGGAACAUACUGAUGAAUUUCAGAAUGCCUCUCAAGUGUCAGGAUCUCCUCAGACAGUUUGGACCCUGGAUGCCCUGGCUGUGAGACCUGGAGGUUCUCCAAGACAGAAACUCUUAAAGGACUCCUUAGCAGCAAAAGAACUUCAAACCAUGGAAAAACACUUAGCUGAUAUUGAGAAGGACCUAGCACUGUGGGAAGAAGCAAGGCUCUCAAGAAGUCCUAGUAUCCAACAUCAUAGUUUAGUUACAUCUGACCAUCAAGGCAAUCUUCAAGCUACACAGGGCCAAAAUCUGAGGCCUCAGGUGUCAACUCAGAUGGGGAAGAACAUUCAGCUCCAAGGAAACAAAUCACCACCGCUGCCCACUAACAGCAGAACACAGGUCUCCAGUGUUGCAAACAGUAGGCCUCCAACACCUGGUACACAAACCAACAGGCCAUCAACUUCGAGGAGCAGACCUAUGACCCCAAAUAGCUUGCUAUCAAGGCCUCUUACCCCUAGCAACCAAGGAAAUAGGGAAGGCAUCAUUAGUAUGCAAAGAAGCAGAUCUUUGACAUCUAAGAGCCAAAUGGGGAGGACCCUCAGCGCUGCUUCAGGGCUUUCUGUACAAAUGAGUGGAGACAUUGUUGGAACUGUCACUACUCAGAGAAGCAGUUUAUCAGAAGAUGAAUUCUUACAACAGCUUCAGCUUGCUCAUCAACCUUGGAUAUUGCCGAGUGACACAGAAAGUGAAGGAGUGGAAGCUGACCAAGACAAAU